AAAUUUGGAAAGUUCUAUUAUUCAAAGAUAACGUUAUCGCUGGUUAUCAAAAAUCAACGUUAUCAUUUAUACCCCUGUCCCAUAGAACAUAGGAAAAAAAAUGUGUUGGUGUUUUCUUUUUAGAAAAAAUAUGAUAUAUUAGGAUUUUUCGGAUUACCACGUUUGACAGAACUGGUGCCGCCACUCCAACUUCCCUUGUCAAACAAUCUUACUGUUUAUAUCAUGAACUAACUAUCUUAGUCCAUGCUGUCUAUUGUUAUUUGUCGUCCCUUUACACCAUGACAAAUCUUAACCUAACCCAAUUAAUUUGUCAUGCUUGAUGCUUUACACCACAGAACUGAAAAAUUAAGAACACCACGCAUCUUUGUUUGCACGAAGCCGGAACUCCGCCACGACCCAUGACAUCUAAGAUCUAACCAUUCUAACACCAAAUAUUUUACUAACGUCUUUGUUUUUUUAGUUCCUAUUGUUUGCUGUUCUUACCAAAAGUUGGCACUUAGCAUUCAGCACUAAGUACUAAAUAAUACUAACCCAAAUUGCCAAAACAGCAAAAUCAUUUAUAGUAAUACAGUGUCAGUGUGAAUUAUCAGUAACUAGAAUCAAAAAGUACUAAGAAGGACAUACUUCAUUAUGAAACAAUCAAGAAUAUCUAUUAAUGAUUCUGCAAUAAAUUCCAAAUGUGAUGAUCAAGUAAUUAAUAGAGUUAUUAAACGGGAAACUAUUGAUGACAUGGAUUAUAAUAAUGAUGAUCAAGUAUUUAAUAGAGUUAUUAAACAGGAAAUCAUUGAUGAAAGAGACCAUAAUAAUGAUGAUCAAGUAUUUAAUAGAGUUAUUAAACGGGAAACUAUUGAUGACACGGACUAUAAUAAUGAUGAUAAAUUAUUACCAAAAAGAAUUAUAUGUCAAUUUGAAGAAGAAAUUAACAAAACUGAAACCAAAAUAAAAAUGGAAAAAGAUUUCAUCGAGUGCUGUGAAUUUGAAGGAACUGUUUUUAACAAAAGUCUCUCCUCGAAAUUCAUUACUCAUAUGAAUACAGACAUGAGAACUGACUCAAGUGAAAAGCCUUUAACACUUGGUGAGUGUACUAAACCAGUUCCAGAUAAAUAUCAAGUCCAUAAGAAAUCUCAUACUGAGCAUGAACAUCUUAAACGAAAUAUCUAUGAUAAAUUAUUAACCUCAAAAGUGACGAUUCAAAACAGUAAAAGAGAAAAGCCAUUUAUUUGUGACAUUUGUAAUAAUUCAUAUCAUACAAAAUCAAAUAUAAUAAACCAUAUGAGAUCACAUACUAGGGAAAAGCCCUAUAAAUGUGAUAUCUGUGAUAAUGAAUUUUCUCUUAAAGAUAGUUUACGCCAGCAUACAAAGACACAUACUGCAGAAAAACCAUAUAAGUGUAAUACAUGUGAUAAAAGGUUUUCUCAAUUAGGAAAUGUAAAAAAACAUAUGCGAUUACAUACGGGAAAAAUGCCAUAUAAAUGUGAAAUAUGUAAACAAACGUUUUCUCGUGCAGACACUUUACAAAUUCAUACUAGGACGCAUACGGGAGAUAAGCCAUAUACAUGUGAUACAUGUAAAAGAGCGUUCUCUACUAGAACAAGUUUAAUAAAUCAUAUUAAGGCACAUGCCGGUGAAAAGCCAUACAAAUGUGGUAUAUGUGAUAAAAAAUAUUCUUCAGCAUCAUGUUUAUCAAUGCACAGAAAGAUACACAAUGGGGAUAAGAGGUAUAAAUGUAAUAUCUGUGAUCAAAAGUUUAUUCAAUUAGAACAUUUAAGAAACCAUAUGAGAACACAUACAGGAGAACAGCCAUAUAAAUGUAAUAUAUGUAAACGAGCGUUUUCUCAUUUAGCAAAUUUAAAUGUCCAUAUUAAACUACAUUCCGUGAAUAAGCCAUGUUUUAAAUGUGAAAUAUGUGAUAAGGGGUUCUCUAAUAUAUCAAAUUUAAAAAAGCAUUCUAGGACACAUACUGGAGAAAAACGGUAUAAAUGUGUUAACUGUCAUAAAAUGUUCUCUCAAUCAGGAAAUUUAAAAAGCCAUAUGAGAUCACAUACUGGUGAAAAACCGCAUAAAUGUGAUGUAUGUAAACGAGGGUUUUCUCGUUCAGAACAUUUAAAAAACCAUAUGAGAACACAUACCGUAAAAUAGCCAUUUAAAUGUCUGUGAUAAUGUAAUUGUUAUGUUACACGCCACUGCAUUCAAGGAUACAUAUUAUACUGACGUAUAGCCAUAUAAAUGUAAUCUACAAGACAACAUUUUAGAGUAUGGUUUACUAUAAAAUAAGUGUCUUAAUAAAAAAAUUGCCAUUAUUUGUAUUUUUUAUACUAGGUAAUAAUUGUUCAUAUUUUGAGAGAGAAAGGGAAAACAGACACUAUAAUAUUUCUAUAAAAUAUUAAAGUAAAUAUUUUGGCCAAUCCUUUGUUAUAGAGGCGCUUUAAGGACUAAUUUCUGCAAACAUUUCCCAAUUUUUUUUUUCAGCUUGUUCAUUAUAGUAGGGCUUCAGCCUUCCUAAAUUCCAAAACGUUAUUGCUCUUAAGGGCAUUGUUACUCUCUGCCAUAAUGCCACGUCAGUAUAAAAAUAAUGUUCGUCUUUUAAAAGUAGUGCUAAAAAAAAAACAUAAAUUGGUCAUUUUUAGAAUUAGUUUAAGUCUUUCAUUUGUUCCUGUAAAUAUAAUUUUAUAUCACUUGUAACUGUCUAUGUAAAAUUGUAUUUGAAAAACUGUAUACAUUUUUAUUGUUAAUGUAUUACUAUAUCUCCAAAUAAAGGUUUGCUAAAAAAAAAAAAAGAUAAUUAUGUUAAUCAUAUUAGUUUUUUGUUUUAUGUAAAAGUGAAAACCUCAGUAUUGUCGAAUAAAUGAAGACAUUAAUUUACAAAUACUUAUGUUUUUUACGUCUAUAAUUCUAUAACAUUAAAUAACUUUGACAAGCAAUGGUUAUCACACUAUUAAUACUGAAAUAAACUUUUUGAAUUUAUUUAACAUGCUUAUUGAAUUGUACAUGCUUAUUGAAUUGUAUUUAAAUAUUUUAUAAUGUAAUUACUUAUUUAUUAUUAUCAUGUUAAAAUAGUCAAAAAUUAAUGUUACUAAUUAUCCAUAGAUGUAGAUAGCCUUAUAGGCUAGGAAUGUCUUAUUAUACCUAGUAAUUAAAAUAAAAAAAAAAAAUUACUUUUAUUUUGUAUAAAUAUAAUAAUUAAUAAUGUACAAUUUUUUACAAAAACGAUACUUUAUAAUAAACAACAAUUAUUGAUUUAUGAAGAAAUACAAUUUCUAAGAAGAUUUAUUAUAUUAAAAGUAUUCAUUUCAAUCUGUCGUUACCCACAUAAUCUGUAUGUAAUAUAUAUAGUAAAGAGUAUUAAUUUUUAUUAAAUAAAAACGAUGGUCGACUAACAUGUGAAAAUAAUGUGACUACCUCAUUAACGGUGUGUAACAGACUAACAUUGAUUUGAUACCAGUUCAACAGGUUGUUACGGAUCUCCCUGGAGGUCCGUGCACAAAUAAAAACAACGAACACUUUCGAACUAAUUACUACUCUCUAUAUUUAACUUGAAAAGAAAAACUUACAAUGCACUUAAUGAAUUAUUUAAUGUUUUAUAAAAAAUGGUCUGACAAAUAUAAUGUUCUGGUGCGAAUCACAAUGUUCCGUCUACUGCUCUGAAAUGCCACUGGCACGGCUUGCUAUACGAGCCGUGCCUGUAGCCAGCGCUUGCCUGGAAUUGCUGUCGCAGCAAUUCCAGACAGUCGCCGUCGUACAAUAUUAUAUUAUACACUAUUAUAUAUAUAUACUAACUAAUAUAGCCAGGGGUUCUUAACAAGGUUAA